AGUAACGAUUUAUACGGUUGUGCACCUAUUCCGCAGAUCGUAAUGGAAAAAGUAAAAUGUAUAUUGACCAAGACAUUGGGUGAAAAAGCUGCGACGGAUUUUAUAAAAGCUUGCAUGGAAGUUGAUGAUACUCAAAUGAUAAAAAGACGUGUAUCUACUCUACUAGAUACUCGUAAAAUGGAAAAUCGUCAGGUUUAUGAAAUUCUGAUACGAGAGAAGAUACGAAGAAGUGGAUUUACUGGGGAGGGUUAUCGUAAAUCUAAUUGUAGUUCAGGUGUUUUAAAUAAUAUAUCAACAUCUUCCGACAGGAUUUCAAAUUCAGAAAAGAUUGAUGUAGAGCAGUCAUCAUCACAAACUACUAAAAAUAAAAAAAAACCCAAGUUCUAUCCAUUAUUUUGUGAAGGAGCUCAGAGCGAUCAACUUGUUUCUCUCUUGCCUGGUCGGCAUCCUUGUCAGUGUUUGGCAACUAAGCAUCAGUUAGUCAAUAAUUGUUUAAAUUGUGGUCGUAUAGUCUGUGCACAGGAAGGUUCAGGUCCAUGUUAUUAUUGUGGAAGUCUUGUUUGUACAAUAGACGAGGAAUACCAAUUAUCACUAGGGACUGCUAAACACAGUCAGAAACUACACAAUAAACUAUCGCAAGCAGCAUGGGCACCUGGCACUGAAACUCCAUAUUAUCGACUUAUUCGUCGAGCUCAGAAAUCAAAACAAGAAUCAACUAGUGAAAUAAUCUCUACUGAGUCUAAUUCAAAUAGUGGACUAGAAAGUGAUAGUGAUGACAAUGACCUAAUAAAAAAGCCAGCCCAGGGAGCUCAAAUUCGUUUGGAACAAGGUUUAAUCAAUGCAUUAUGUAAACGUGAUAAACUUUUGGAGUUUGAUACUACCUGUGCUAGACGAACUAGAGUUAUUGAUGAUGAAUUAGAUUAUUUCGCAACAGAGGGUGGCGUUGGAUCAGCUGCAUGGUUAAGUCCUGAAGUUCGUGAGAAGAUAGCUCAACGCGUAAUUGACUUACGAGCCCAAAGACAUUCACAUCGUCUACAGUCUGCACGUAUGUGUAUUGACCUAGACAAAUGCGAUGUUAUAAAAGAGGAUACAAGAGAUGAAGCAGCUGGGAAACUGUACAAUCCAAAUCAAGAAGAAAUGGAUGAACUUUGUAAAUCUUCAACUAUUUCAAAUGUUAAUCAGUCUUCCGGAGAUAGUCAAAAAACUGUUAACUCAAAUAAUGGUGAAAUAACCCUGCCUACUUUUAUACCUCAAUCUAUGGAUAGCAAAAACUAUGAUGAUCAAAAUCCUGUCAUUGUGGCAUUAAAUCAAUCAACCUCUCUUUUACGAAUACAAGAUGAUGAGUCAAGACAACUUGUCGAUGAAGGUUAUUGUUUAAGCCUUCAUCAACCUUGGGCUUCAUUAUUAGUACGUGGAAUCAAGUUGGAAGAAGGUAGAACAUGGUAUACUCCGUAUCGUGGAUGUCUGUGGAUAGCAUCGACAGCAAAUAAAACUGAUCCAAAGGAAAUCACUGAAAUCGAGAAUAAAUAUUUGAAGGCUGGUACGAGAAAACAUAACUAACCCGUACUUUGAAGUAAAACUUUCUCAACUACAGCACAACAAACGUUCUAACAGAGAAGCAGAAAAGGCAUUAUAUAACUUUCAAAAAGACAAAUGUAAUUACACUACGAUUAUCUGAAUACAUACCCAGUGAGAAUAACUAACUUUUCCAAGUUGAAACUAGUUUUAUUAAUACAAGGAACAAAUGCACUGUUUGAUACAUACAAGUUUGAUUAUAUUAAUAUCAUGUCACUCAGAUUACUUACUUACGCCUGUUACCCCUCGUAGAGAAGCAUAGGUCAGUUACUAGCACUGUCCAUUCAACUGUCCUGAGCAAUCCUUUCCAGUUGCUACUCAUUCUGUUCAUGUCUGCUGCCGAAUCUCGGAGUAGUGUGUACUUUGACCUUCCUCUUCCCCUUUUUCCUUCAAGAUUCCAAGAUAGUGCUUGCGUCGUGAUGCAGUUUGAUGAUUUCCUCAAUGUGCGUCCUGUCCACUUCCUGAGUUUCUUCCUAAUUUCCUCUCCAUCUGCAAGCUGGUUUAUUCUCUCCCAUAAUAGUCUUUUGCCUAUGGUAUUUAGCCAAAGGACAUCGAGUAUCCGGCGUAUAAAAUUGUUUAUAAACACUUGUAC